AUGCCGAGCAACUUCAACUGCGACUGCCACCUGCCCGUCGGAGCCGCAGGUAAACAUUGCGUCCCUGACUUCAAACCACACCAUCUUCCUCACCCGCCUCUCGUCUUUGAGAACCAUCGUCACUCAUGUCUCAUAUUGAUAUUCCAGUCUAAUCACUACUCAUCUCCUUCUUAUGGGUCCACGGCAAGCAUGGCACCACUGAAAAUACGCCAGAGUCACUCCUUUACCCCGUCGCCCCCACGGCCCCCAAAAGGUCCAUACACUCCACCAAUCAGUGUAAAUGCCCAAGUCAACCCUGCUGUUCUCGGCGAACUAUUUGCCGGGACAGUCGCUAUAUUCGUCUUUGCGGUUCUCUUCUGGAAAAUUGGCAAGUAUGCCCGAUCGCUAAACAGAUACAGAGUGUUAAGAGAGGGCAAGUUGACAACCAUUCGUUAUGCCAGGACCUGGUAUGGCUGGAUACCGCUCGAGUUACAUGAGAGAAACAAAAGAAUAUUCACGAAAAUAUUCAGUUGGAUUCUCGACUGGCUGUCAUGGGAGUCGCGCAGAAUGGACUAUAGCUGGAUAUGGUGGGAUCCAGGUCAAGAAAUGAGACAGAAGCGCCUCCAGCCAAGGAAAACCCCGAGCUGGAUGCCUCAAUUUCUUCAAAGGUAUGAGCCUCGUCCAGCCGAUCGAAUUUGGAACCCAGGAUCCCCUACCGAAUGCCAUGGCGCUUUGAUCGACACCGUUGAGUCUCAGACCGAUCCAAUGACAGUACUCUCGAUGGUGAGCUCGACAAUCAGCCUGAAUCGGUUAUCGCAGGAAUCGAGUAUACAAAUAUCGGAAGCCAGCGAGGUCUCAAUAUACCAGGAGUGUUUUACUCAGCUUGAGCAUGGGUAUGGAAGCUAUGAUGACAACAACAGCCAACAAAGCGAGGUGCUUGACGCAACAAUGCAAACGAUAUCCCCAACGCCGAUCAACAAUACUUGCCCUUCGGGGCUGCAGUCACAAAAUACGAUUCCUCUAUUGAGAGUGAGGUCCUGGUCUGUCCCCGAUUUGAGCAAAGAUGUUGUGUAUUCGGAUAAUCGCCUUGGAACGCGGGGAAAUCUGCAAUUGAAUAAUUACAGGGCUCACAUGGAUGCCCGAAUACCCAGACAUCCGAUAGCAGAACUUAUACCAAAGACGCCUCGCCGACAUAUUCAAUUGCGCAAAUUCCGCGUGUGGUCUGCUAAAAUGCAGGUCAAGGCAAAUAGGCUAGUGCCAUGUGAAUUAAGAGACUCAUCUGGGCCCCCGGGAACGCCGUUUACUGACAUUCUGUCUACUUUCCAAUCAGAGCAGACUGCUUUAGACUCGAUCCUAGUAGACCGAGAAAGCAGGAAUAACAGAGAACCGGUAUAUUCAACCGACCAUGUCGCACUGGACCAAUGUCCUCGACUAAUAUCAAGCGCACUUCCUGACGCAAUGACCAGUUUUCACACCUUACCAGCCAGAUUUCGCCGACAAUCGGGUCACAUGUCAGCGCAGGAAGCGCUUUCAAGCCCGAUUUCUGAGACUAUAGGACAUACGAGAGGAGUUCAAGUCAGACAAAUGUUACCUUUCAGAGGUAGAUUGUCCCCUCACGUCGACAAUGCUUUCUUGAAUCGGUUGGAUCGACAGGCUAGCGAUGAGCUUUACGAUUGGGAGAUCAGAUUGAUGGAUAAAUUGAAUCGCAAGUUGGUGUGGAUAUUCAACGAGACGACUCCCGGCCAGAAGCCGUAUCACUUUGCCCAGCUAGCAAAUCACUGGUUAAACAGAGAGACCUGGCUAGUCAUCGAUCCGGUAUCAAGAGUGCCCAUUGACUCCAGACGAGAGUGGGGAGACCCACGCUUCAAUGUCCCUUACCCGGAGCCGACAUAUGAUCCAAAGCCGAAGUACCCGGUCCCUAUUCAGAAGCGUGCCCAUACACCUCGUAUCGAUUCAUGGCGCGCCGCAGUCAACCGGCGGAGAAGGACAUAUGGGCUCCCCGAUGCUGUGCGCACCGUGGAACUAUAUGAGAACUCCAUUGAAGAGCCGCCCGAUGGACAUGUCGACCCUGGAAGCUGGUUAUUCCCUAGACCUCCUCAGGGAUUUGAGGUUUCCACCAAGCAAAAGAACGGGUGGUAUGAAGGUGGAACUGGUUGGCAAGAAACUUUCGAGGACUGGCAGCAUAUCGGCUGGGGCUACCGUCUUCGCAAAACCAUCGAGGAGGGACGUGUCAACCGUCGCUGGAUGAAAGGGGUUGCUAUUCGAGCUCAUAGAGGUUGUCGGUCGGCAUCUCUUAAAUUCAUUUUCAAGGAUGCUCAACGCAUUCCAACUCCGGGAGUGGCUGUGUGA